CAUGGAAAUUUUCGUAGAAAAAAAUCCAUUUUCAAUGCUUCGUUGAAUCCUAUCAUUUGAUUUUUUUUUGGUUCCAUUAUGAAUCUGUAAAUCAUUUCUGGAUAAAUAGACGAGAUACACGCAAACACACACACACACACACACACACACACAGAAAGAAAGAGAAAGAGCGAGAGAGAGAGUGAUCCGGGCACCAGGUAAACUGAAUUCUAAUCAAGAACUACUUAUGAAUGGAAGAAAAUUUUGCUGAUUAAUUCUACAACCAGUACUGAAUCGAGUAUUUUUAUAUUAUAUACCACACCAAAGUAAACAUAUCAUCAUGUCGAAUCAUGUUAAAACAAAUAACAACAACGAAAAUCGAACCGGAUAUUAUUAGUGAAGUCUGUGUGUUUUAUACACACAUACACAAGCCAUAUGUGACCAGAUGAUCAACGUUUUUGAGAUGAAACACAACAAAGAAAAAAUCAACAAAAUUCAAUUUUAAUUAUGAAUCUAUUAAAUCAUCGUUAUAUAGGUUAUAUUAUCAUUAGAAAUAUUGAUAAUAUUAUCUGGUCAUCAUCAUCAUCAUCAUCAUCAUCAAUGUUAUCAAAAUAUCAAAACCAAUUUAGGAAAUGGCCAUCCAAUUAUCAUGGUGAUGACCAAAUAUUAUUUUCCAAUUCACAUUGCUCAACUAGUCAAUUUAUAAAAUUUUCCAUACCGCAUCAGACAUUCUUAAACAAUUAUAAUUAUUCUAGUGAUACUUUGAAAUUUAAACCAACGACAACCGUAUUUGAUAUACGUUCGAUUCGAACAUUAAUGAAUAAUAAUAAUAGCUACCUGUGUUCAAUCAUUGAUUUCCGUCGACAUUAUCAUUUAGUACGUGGCCACAGUACUUUAUCAUCAUCGAAAACGGAAAACGAUUUAGUAUCCUGUACUCAUUCUUCAUCCAAUCCACCAUUGACCAUUACGAUACGAUUAUCUAUCUCAUUUUCAAAUGGCUAUUUUUCCGUUCGUUUCGCAUCACGUGAAUGUUUAUUUCAUUUUUGGUCACCAAUAGAAUUAGUAUUAAAAAUGUUACAGGAAGAACUUGUGUCCGCUUCACAUGCAACGGCUAUACAUUGUAUGAAUAUUGGUUCACAAACAACUAUUCCAUUCGUUGAUGAACAUAAUGAUUUUCUUGAUCAAUUGCUCAUUGAAUUCGAUACACAAUGUAAUAGUGGUCAAUCAUUUCCACUUCGAUUUGAUCAUAUAAAAUUUGGCCGUAUUGAAAUGGUUGCCGAACAUUUGGAUAAUGAAAUGGAUGAUACUAGUACUAGUAGCGAAAAUACAAGCAGUAGUAGUAGUACCGACACUGAAUCCAACACUUUUAAUUCUGAAUCUAGUCAUCAUCAAAAUCAAACUACAUUUCGAUCAUCAGCAUCAUCUUCGGCUAAACAUAGAUAUCGAUUAGCUCGUCUAAUGCCAUUCGGUUAUGCAUUACUUGGCUGUGAUCUAGAUGAAAUCUACUUUCUUGGUACUGGUACCGGCACAAUACAAGCAACCGGCCCAGAUGGAUAUCGGCCACAUGUUGAACGACCAUUAAAGAUUCAUUUCAAGCUAAUAGAUAAAACACAGAAAUUAAAAAUCGAUCUCGAACAAUGGCAUCAUCAUAAUCCAUUGGAUGCACAGACAAUGUUAUUCAAAUCUAAAACCAUUGAUCCAAAUCUUUUUGAACAAAAUGAAUUGGUGGUACGUGUAUUGUUACAAUUUUAUUCCAAUUAUAAUUAUUAUUAUCGAUCUCCAUCAUCGAUCUCAUUUUCGCGAUUUGAAAAUGGUCGAAAAAAAACUAUGGUUAGAAAAUUUAUAUUUCAGUUCUUACAGCAAGAACAUCAAUCACUUUUGGAACGUUUUCAACCAUUACAACAAGAAUUUACCGAACUUAUCGAUUCAGCAAGAAAAGAAUCACGACGACGUUUUAAAUUUGGUGGCCUAUUUUUACUUAGUGCUCAACUUGGUUUCGUUGGACGAUUAACUUAUUUUGAAUAUUCCUGGGAUAUAAUGGAACCGGUUACAUGGAUAAUGACCUAUACGACUAUGGUUGGAUCAUUUGCAUAUUAUAUAAUAACAUCGGAAGAAUAUGUUGUACCAGGUGUAGAAAAACGUAUGAUAGCAUCGAAAUUCUGGAAAUUGGCUAAAAGUCGUCAAUUUGAUGUUAAGCAAUAUAAACAAUUGAAAGAAGAGAUUAAACAAUUGGAGAAGCGUAUUGGAAAACUACGUGCCAGAUUCUGAGCUGAAAAGCCUAAAAUUCGACCUUACUAUCUUUAACUAAUAUUAAUGAUGGGGACCAUUGUUUUUUUUCCUUUUUUUUGCUUUGAUUAUAAAACUAAUUGUUAUUUUUUUUUUGUUAUUGUUAUCUUUAUGUAUGUGUGUGUCUGUUUGGGUUUAUUGAAUUGUGUUAAAUUGUUGCCUCAUUGUCUUUUUUUUUGAAAUUUCAAAAUAUAAAGUGUAUAUUAUGGACAAAACUUUUCUCUCAUUUAAUCGAUUCAAAUGUAUCGAUAUUAGUCGUCCGUCAUUCAAACAGGAAUUCGAACGUUUCGGAUGUUUUUUUUAUUAUUAUUAUAUUUAUAAUAAUUAAAGUGUUUGAUUAGCAAAAA